AUGGCAAGUUUUCCAUCCACUAAUAGUUUAAUGAAAGAAGUUCUAUCGUUUCGUAAUGAUACAUUUUACAACUUAGUCGAAGAGCAAUGUGGUACUGUCGUUGUUGAAAUUAUGCAAGCACAAGAUAUUUCAUCAGUAGAUUGUCUUCUUGAUAUUAAUAACAUAUUUACUUUUCUGGAACUCGAUUCAGAUGAAUUAAUCCCAUUAAAAAAAAAAGCUGGAAUCUUACUCAAUGAUGGUCGUUUUGUCGUAAAAAAAGGUAUUAUACACAAGGUUGAAUCUUUUCUUUCUACUCUUCAUCAUCUUAAUCGUCAACAUUCGACUUCUUCUUACCACAACUCAGACAACAAUCCUGAUUUGAUUAUUCCUGAACAAUUAUUACAAAAAUUUCCAUUUAUUCGAACGCUCGUUGCGUAUUCAAAUCUUUUAGCAAUGAGCAAAGUUGAUUUUACGUUUUUAAAUAUUAUUUUAAAUAAUAUGAUUCAAAACUUUAUUACAGAAGAGCGAGGAUAUCGUUAUGAUACUAUUAUUCGACAAUUUGCGUGCAGUUUAUAUAUUCUUGGUGGUCGCACUGCUUAUGAGUUUGUUCGUUUAAACAUCCCUGCACUUCUCCCAAGUGUACAAACUAUCCAAUCUUAUAUUGGUGCAUCAGAAAAUCAUCUAACUGAAGGAUUGUUCAAUUAUGAUGAUGCGCGUGAUUAUUUUAAUCUCAACCAAUCGAUAUUAGGUUUUUGUGCGGAAGAUUCUACCGCAAUUGUUCCGAAAAUUACAUAUGACACUACAUCAGAUACAUUUAUCGGAUUCUCGCUUCCUCUCGACGACAAUGGUGUGCCCAUCAUCAACUCAUAUUCGACAAACUCAUUUACUCGUCUUGAACAGUGGUACUCGGAUUUAUCACAGGCAACAUCACUCAACGCUUGUCUUAUUCAACCACUUUCUACCUCAAUUGAAAACAUUUCUCCGUAUCUUAUUGCUGCUUAUGGAACAGAUAAUAAAUUCAAAUCAUCUGAUGUUGUUUUACGUUGGGGUCAUAUUUAUCAACAAUGCAAAGCCAAAGGUAUACGUGUUAUCGGCUAUGCAACCGAUUGUGACAGUCGUUAUUUGCAUGCCAUGAGAAUAUCUCUUGGUUUUUUUGCAAGUUUCGCUUAUGAUGAUCAUCCAGAUAUUCUUUCAAUUGAUCUUCCAACUAACUGGUCUUGGUUUUUUAUGCAACCCGAGCAGUUGUAUCUAUGUUUACAAGACCCAAUCCACAUAUGUACAAAAUUACGAAACAGACUUCUUUCAAAAACAGCAACACUUCUUUUAGGCAAUCAAUUAGUCAAUAUUGAACCACUUUUUUAUAUAAUUCAACAAUUUUCUAAACUUGAUCAUGCACUUGUUCGAUCUGAUAUAGAUCCGAAAGAUCGACAGAAUUUUAAAUCCUGCACCAAGAUUUCAAGUGACAAUGUUUUAAACUUACUUGAACAAGUUCCAAACUCUAUUGGUAUUAUUAUUUAUUUAAAGGUAGAUAAAAAGAAGUUUUAA